UACAAAAGAUAGGCAAUGUACACCGAACGGCGUGGUAUUGCUUCCUUUUCCAGCGCCAUUUUGGUUUCUCGGGAACCAAACAGAGAGUGUUGUCCGCAAAUGAACUUCGCAGUUCACCAGGGUGGCUUAUGCAGCUCCCACCUCCGGCGAAUAUUUCCGGUUACCGGAGCCAUAGCUUCGGCGGAGCACAAGGAUGCCGGCAACGCUGCACGACGUCGUCGCUCCCUAAAAAUGGUGGACAGAGAACUCUCGAAGGGCAAUUAUAAAACUGCCGUGUCUUUAGUGAAGCAAUUGAAUGGUAAGCCCGGUGGCCUCCGUGGCUUUGGCGCCGCCAAACAGGUAUCCCACAGACUGGAUGACUUAAAGCUUCAUGAAUCUCUUCAAUCACUGGUUGAUUCAAUACUGGAUUUGAUGGAAAAGUGUCGUCAGUUUGCUAUGUUGGAUGAGGUUUCAGUGAAAGCAUUAGAAAAGUCAAUGCCUGAUGAAGGCAAUGAAUCUCAUUGUGACGAAGAUCAUUUUUUGUACACACAGCAUGAAGCUGGUCAUUUUCUAGUUGGCUACUUGCUCGGGGUUCUUCCACGAGGAUAUGAAAUACCAAGCAAAGAAGCUUUAAGGCAAGAUAGAUUUGCUGCAGGGAGAGUGGAGUUUGUGGGAUUUGAGUUCCUUAGACAAGUUAGAACAACAGAGAUAGUAGAGAAAAAAUUCAGUAAAGGGAAAUCCAAAAAAGGCAAAAUUUCUUCCAAGACCUUAAACAGGUUUUCAUGUGUAAUAGUAGCAGGAUUGAUAGCAGAGUACCUAGUAUUUGGAUGCUCUGAAGGGCUUCAUUCUGAUGUUGAACAGCUGGACGAAGUGCUUAAGUGGCUGGGCUUCUCAGAGGGUGAAGCUUACUCCCAAAUGAAAUGGGCUGUACUGAAUACUGUUUUGAUAUUGAGUCGUCACCAUGAAGCUAGAUUAAGACUGGCGAAGGCCAUGGCAUUGGGAAAAUCAGUAGGCUACUGUAUUGAUACAAUAGAGAAUGUUAUAAAUGAAGUAAUUUAGGUAAGGAUAUAGAUCAACUUUGCAUUAUCACAAGGAAGAGGAAGAAAUGAAUAUGUCUGAGAGAUUGAGCUGGAACCAAGGAAGCCAGGCAUUUGGUAUUGACUAAUGAAAAUCACAAACAGGCAAGAGCCAUCAGCCAUCGUUUGUGUAGGUUUGAUUACCCUCCCUGCUGUUUAAUAUAUCAAAUUAACUAAAAAAUUUCUCCCUGCUGUUUAGUAGAUCUCCCAUUGUAACUUGAUAGAUUAUUGCUACACUGCAUUUGGGGGGUUAGCUACUCAUCAGACUUGAGCUCACAUAAACUUCUAUUCUGAGUUGUGCAUGCCUGUUUCUUGACCAGUCCCAGAUUGUGGGCAAGAAAUUUCCUUCAUGGCAUGAUCGCAAUGAUGAAGAAUAAACAUUCACAAUUUUCACUUGAAGGGCUGUACUAAAUUUCCGCCUUUUCUUUGAGCUACCCAAAAUGAUCCACAACUCCAUUUGAGUAAUGGAAAUUCCAUUCUCCCUUGCAAAUAUUUGUUACACUGCCACUGUCAUAUGCAUUCCACCAUUAGACCAGACAAUCCUGCCAUUUGCUAAUAUCAUAAACAUAACACACUUUUGAACCCGAGAAUCAUAGAUUAGCCUUUUUCCUAACCCUCAAACCAUGGUAUCAUAACAAGUUGGCUGCAACAAUACAAGAAUCAAAGCAACCCACUGAUGAGUUGCAAACAACACAAAUUCAAAAAUCCUUCACAAUCAAAGCACUGUCUUACUCACAGGUGAGAAAUUAAGGAAACUCUAGGUGAACCAGAAUACAUCUUGCAGAAAGCAUUCAAUUUCAAAAUUGAACAGUGCAACCUAAUCAUUUAAUUGAUUUUAAAACCAUUCAAGACCAUCACUUAUCUUCAAAAUUGUGCUAAGAAAUCUGAGAGGCAUACCCACAUAACAAAACCCAUUCAACCGCUCCGUCUUCCAUGAAUCAAAAGAGUACAUGGAGCACCUCAAAAAGCUUAGAACUUCAUUUUGUUCCAAAGAGUUUAGAAGAACAAAACUUUAUCCAUAGAAGGAAGAGAAGAUGUGUAUACUACAUAUCUAUCAAAAAGACAAAGGACAAGGAGAGGCCAUUAACACAACUCUCUAAAAUUCCUGGGAAGCAGACCCAAUCUCCCCCUUGCCUUUACCCGUCUUCUUUGGCAACAGAGUCUGGUGGAUGUUGGGCAAAACCCCUCCAUUAGCAAUGGUUACUGACCCCAAUAGUUUGCUUAGCUCCUCGUCAUUCCUUACUGCUAGCUGUAUGUGGCGAGGUACAAUGCGAUUCUUUUUGUUGUCCCUCGCUGCAUUUCCAGCAAGCUCCAAAACCUGACUCAACACACCAUCAAACCAUCUGAGUCUUGAUUCAAAAGAGCGAAUCCUAAAACCCGUAUAAUCCUAUGCUUUCUUGGGUUCCAAUUCGUCAAAACAUCGCAAAAAGAAACCUUUUUUCCCCCAUUUUUAAUUGAUAAAAUCGAUCCAAAAAACUCUAUUUUCAUUGGAUAAAAUGCUCAAACAGAAAGAACCAAGAAAGAUAUACAUCCCGAUCAAAAACAAUGGAAAAAAAAAAAGCUCCAGAAUUGAAACCCUAAUUUACCUCGGCCGCGAGAUACUCAAGAACAGCAGACAGGUAGACGGGGGCGCCGGCUCCAACACGCUCGGCAUACUUUCCGGCCUUGAGAAACCUUGCAAUCCUCCCCACCGGAAAUUGAAGCCCAGCCUUCUGAGACCGCGAUACCGACUUUGAGGCCUUUGGCUUGCCUCUACCUCCCUUGGUUGAUCCCGUGGAACUCAUCUUCAAUCUCAAAUCUCUACCUUAAACGAAUCCAAAACCCUAACCCUAAAAUUUUGGCUGUGAAUGAGACGGCGGAUGUGAAUGUU